GGUAACCUUGGAGAGCUUGCACGCGACUCUACGUGUGCCGUGGUGGUGGUAUUCGACGCGCGGCCGUGGUGGUGGGCCGAUGUGGCAGUGGUGUGCGACAAUGCUCUUCUGACGGAACGAAAAAGACACAGUCAUGUUGAUCCUCGCAGCUUUCGUGAUGCACCUGGCGCUGUCCAAAGCCGAGGACGUCUGCAACACCUGCGUCAAGGUCAACACCACCUGCUACGAGGUCAUGUACCUCUUCGACCUGCAAGCUAACUUCAGAACCCAUAUCGUUAUCAAUAAGAUGGAACUACUCCACUCCGAAAACAUCCUCUUCUACAGCUACGAACCAGAAAUCGCAGAUCCUGAGUAUUAUAAGGUUGCCUACAUUCAUAUUGAAAACAUAGAUAUUAAUGGAAUGGUCAAUGACAACUCCACGACCCACAACUUCGGUACCUUCGCUAUACAUCAAGAAAAGUCGCUUGUAUACUUAGGUGGUAGAGACGGAAUUUUCACGUACGAUCUCUCGAAGAAACUUGCCUGGUACAGUUCUUUAGGAGACGAAAUCCUAACGUUAUUCUUCAGCAACAACCUGUAUAUUGUGAAGUCGAACGACUCCAGAAUCAUCGUUAAGAAAGGCGACACGUUCAACAGUGUUCUAGAAUACAUCCCCAUCAAGAAUUUUGUAAUAAACAAGGAUAAUGUGAUCGUAUUUCUGAGCACGUUUGGUCUAUUUCUGAAUAAGAGAGAGGAGACUCAUUGGUUGUCCAAAAAUGCUUUCUUUAGAGGACUGACUGUGGAUUUAGAUGGUGUAGUUUACACCUGGUGGAUUGAUGGGAUUUACAAAGUGGAUAUUAUGAGAAACCUGGGCGAGUCUAAAGUGGUGAAGGUUGCACACAUGAAUCACAUAUCAGGGAUGACUUUUGACAACGAGAACAAUAUUCUAGUUUCAUUCGGGAAAGCGCUGUACAAGAUGUCGGUGACAAACGCUACGUUGUGCUAAAGGUGGAUAAGGUUGUGUCGAUAAAGUACCUGUGAUUUGAUUAUUGAGUACCUAUAAGAUAAGGCUGUGUACACACGAUACGUUAUGACUUGACUCUUAAUUUUUUGAUGAAAAAAAAAUUAUUCAUUCACAACACUCAACACUAUUUUCAUGUUCCGCAUUACGUCAAAGUAAUUGCACUUAAAAAGUGAUAUUUUAACAAUAAAUAUUGCUAAUUAUUGUCAUCAUAAUAUUAAACGUAGAGGUAUUUUUUUAUGAUGUUUUUAAUGUAAAAUAGCCAGGGAAUUUCCCUAGCACAGUGCGGCGAAGUGUAGCGCACCGUAUCCUGUGUACACGAUUAUUAAUUUAAUUUUUAUGAUUGCUACUUAAUUAAGAUUCACCAAAGAUAUUUAUAUUUAUUACAAUAAGAAAUAGUUUGGCUUAAAACACAGCAUUUGUAAGAAUGGAGUUCAUUUUAAGAGUUCUUGCACAAAAUAAUCCUACAAUUAGUAACUGAAAACUUGGCCCAUAUUAAAAACGACGCUCAUUUCACAAGACGGGCUUUAAAAUUAUUAUGAGAAUGUUAUGGAUAUUAUAAUAAU